AUGUACCGCCCUCCAAAGCCCCACCCAUCAUUCCUCUCUGAUUUCUCUGACUUUAUCACCCACCUAAACACCAUCUCAUCCUCUGUCCUGCUGCUUGGAGACUUCAACUUUCACAUUGACAACCCCACCUUCAAACAAGCAUCCAAUUUCCUGGAUCUGCUCGACACCCUCAACCUCACCCAGCAUGUACACUCCCCCACCCACUCCCAUGGCCACACCAACACCCCAAAUUUCCUUCAGAAACCUCAAAUCCAUCUCGCCUCAGGACCUCUCCGCUUCCCUAUCUGCCACCCUCACUGCAUCCCCUCCCUCACCAUCUGCUAA